GGCGUGCUUUUGAACUGCUAGGUUGGCAGGAGCUGGGACCGAGCAACGGGAGCUCACCCCGUCACGGGGAUUCAAACCACUGACCUUCUGAUUGACAAGUCCUAGGUUCUGUGGUUUAACCCACAGCACCACCCUCUUUGAAAUGAUAGUUAGUGCUAAAUUGAUAGGCUAGGUUCGAAAGAUGUCUUGUCCCAGUUGGAAAGGCAAUUCCACUCACAAAAAGGAAGUUUUGUGAUUCCUGCCGACUUCACCUCCAUUUGCUCUUCUCUGCACCAUAACCCACACCAUGCGCAAGGCUUCCCUUAUUCUCAGGAGCUAGCAUUUUUGGGGGGUUGCUGGAAGUAGCAGCAUGGAGAAGGGACAGGAAUCACUUAUGGAUCUUAGAACGCAUUGCCACAUUGUGACUAAAGCAGCCUUUUCCCAGUCUGGCACUCUCUAUAUAAUGCUCCUUCUACCCUUGAAAUAAAUUGACCCUCUGGAACUCACCGCCCAUUGAUGUUAGGCAAUCAUUUUCUUUCUUUUUUAAAAUAAUUUUUAUUGAAUGAUUUUAUGUUACAAAAAACAAUACAGCCAUACUACCACUAAAUAUAAUUAAGAAAUAAAAAUUACAUACAUCAAUUUUUAGUUUGUUAUUUACCGUCUUAUUUCCUCCCAAACAUUCCAUACAAAAACACACAUAUGUGCAGACACCCACACCCCCACACAAAAUGAUAAUAAUGAAAGUAAAUAUUUUUUCCUCUUUUAUCUUCCAAAAUCUUUUCUUCAACUUUGACUUCCUGUCAAGUCCCUUUGCAUAUAUUUUAUCUUAUAAUCGAAUGUACACAAAACAAUAAACCUUUCUAUAUAAAUUUUCCAAUACAUUCUAAAAACAUAAUAAAUCCUUAAUUGUUGUCUGCCUCCUUUUAGUUCCUUUAUCACUCGAAUGCUAGCAUGGAGUCAAAACUAUUAUUGUAUUUUUGAACAUAUCUUCUAUAACCAUCCCAUUUUUUCGCAAAUUUUUGCUUUGAGUUCCCUCUGAGUUUACUAGUCAGUUGAGUCGUCUCCAACAAUUCCUGUAAUCUGAUUUGCCAAUCUGUUAUCUUUGGAGCCUCGUGAUCUUUCCAUCCCUUGGCCACAAGUAUACGAGCCGCUGCGGUUGCAUACAAGAAUACCUCUCUUAGGUUUUUUGGGAUCUCUUUAUCUAAAAUACUUAAUAGAAAUGCCUCCGGUUUUUUAGUAAAAGUUAUCCCCAUCAUCUUUUUUAAUUCAUCGUAUAUUUCCCCCCCAAAAAUCUUAAUCUUUUCAGCACCUGCCAAAAAGGAUUUUUUGUUUGAGCAAGCCUACCCAGACAUGUAAAUUUAUUAUAUAUUCUAACAUGUACUUUUAUUCUUUUCAUGUAUGUUUUUAAACUGCUGAUGUUAUUUUGAAAAUUGUUAGGCUAACUUGUUUUUUAACGUUGGAUGUUAUCAGCCAUUUUAAUGUAUAUUUUUUGGUAAACUUUGUAGAGGUUUAGUGGUAUGUAAAUAAAUAACUACUGCUCCCAUCAGUCGCAGCCAGCAUGGCUAUGCUGACUAUGGCUAAUGGGAGUUGAAGUCCAAACCAUAUGGAAGGCAUCAGAUUGGGGAAGCCUGAUCAAAUAUACCUAGUCCAAUAUAUAUCAAUAAAUUGAUAUAUCAAUAUCAAUAUAUCUAGUCCAGUUUAUAUCACUUUUCACAAUCUAGCUUUCUCUGUAUGAUUUUACAUGUGUUUUCUUUUCGUGUCACACAGGAAAAGCAAGUGUGCCAAUAUUUUCAUAGGUGUUCAAACAAGGAAGAUGGCCAAUUGUUCAGAUAGUAGUGUGAGUAACUUGAACCUACUUGUUCUCAGAAAAGGAGUUAUUCCUUGUCCAGGAAAAAGCUGUUACAGCGAUUUUCAGCCAUCAGAGGUGAACUGGUACAAGGUACAGGUGCCACUAUCUUUAGAGCACUUUGUUUUAUCAAUCUGAGUCACACUUACAUGCAACAAAUAUACUUGUGGUGAGUGUGGGUGAGGGAAACUUGCUCUCUGGUAGUGUAAUGGGUUGAAACUAUUUCCACAUACAGUUAUUUGAUGAAUGAAUCACUCCGUUGCCUGGGUUGGUAUCUUGGUAAAUGAUGGCAUGUUGAGAUCACACUUACAAUAAACUUGGAAAGACAUGCCCAAGGGUGUUUGGUGAAGCGUGGAUGUCAAAAUUCACCAGUCAUUUUCGUAAAUAUUUUUAAAGGCCUCUUUAUUUCCAUUUUGUAAUUGUUUGCAUUAUAGAUCUUGCUCCAAGGUUAAUGCGCUUUUAAAAGACCUUCGAGUCACAGGCUACAAAUAAAAUUUGGAACUAUAGAUCUGUAUGGGUAUUUCAAGUCAAUAUUUGAGGUGGUUACCGUGUCCUCAUGGUUCCCAUUCUAUGUUACCUUCGGACCCAUGCACUCUAUUUAAAACCCCGUGGCAGGGAAGAGAACAUGGGAAGGGAUUUGGAGCAGAGAAAUGGUGGGUAGACCUAAUGGCUUUCCAACAAGUUUCCUUUCCAUCUGGGUUGUUUACACUUGCAAAAUGCAUGGUAGCCCUUACGAUAGGACUAGGGCUGUGUUGUUCAACCAUGUACCCUCAGUCGUGCUUGGACUACAGGUCUCAUCAUCCUUGACAAUUGGCUAGGCUGCUAGGGAUAAUGGGAGCUUAAAUUCCACAGCUUCUGGAGAUCCAAAGUUGACGAUUACUGGACAUGGGGAGGAAAUGUAAAGUUACUCUUGCAACAUCACCCCCGUGAUAGAUGUUUAGACUGCUUCAGAAAUGGUGGGAGAGGGAGGGAGAUGGGUUUGUGAAGGGAGGGAGCAGCACUGAAACAGGAAAAGAAGAAUCUCCUUGCAUCCGGGAUGGGGAACAUCUAGCUUUCCAGGCAUUGUUGAAUUCCAACUUCCAUCAGACACAGCCAGUGGUCCAGAGCUGAUGUGAGUUGCAGUCCAGGAACAUCUGGAGGGCUGCAGGUUCUUCACUCCUGCUCUACAUCCUCAAACUCAUUUAGCCACGAGAGCCAGUGUGGUGUAGUGGUUAAGAGCGGUGGACUCGUAAUCUGGGGAACCGGGUUCGCGUCUCCGCUCCUCCACGUGCAGCUGCUGGGUGACCUUGGGCCAGUCACACUUCUCUGAAGUCUCUCAGCCUCACUCACCUCCCAGAGUGUUUGUUGUGGGGGAGGAAGGGAAAGGAGAAUGUUAGCUGCUUUGAGACUCCUUCGGGAAGUGAUAAAGCGGGAUAUCAAAUCCAAACUCUUCUCUUCUUCUUUCAUUUUCCUGAGCCACCCCCCCCCCCCACUGAGACGGGGGAGAAAGGGACUGGAGCUAUACCAACAAGAGGAAGAGGGAUGCCUCUUUCCCUCACAUUGAUUCUCCUAGCCAUUUUUAAAGUUGUGGAAGAUAAAGGGAAGGGGUUGGUAACUUGGGGGAAGGAUGAGUAAAGAUCAGCUCAGUAGAUUCAGCCUAUGUCAGCUGCCAAUUCCUGUUUUACAGAGCAUUGAAAUGUUUGUUUGCUUCUCUCGCCCCUUAGAAUGGAUUAAAAGUAAGACUUCAAAAGGAUAAAAGACCAUCUCUGAGAUUUGAGGAUGAUAGUAUAGUAUUGUAUCAUGUCUACGAUGCAGAUAAUGGUACUUAUGUAUGUGAUUAUACACUGACUGACAAUAAUACCCAGUGGACCAUGAGAACAAUGGUAAACAUAACUAUCAUUGGUAAGUCACUUUACAUCCAAUUUAAUAAAUGGUUCUGAUAUAAUGCUUUAUAUUCUGGCACUUGUAUUAUAUUACAUUGUCUCCUACGAUUCCCAUUUAGUCUCUUCCAUUUAUAUCUUUAAAGAAAAAAAUUAAUAUCUAUAAACGCUAUUUGUGUAGGUUGACUGAACAUGUCAUAUCAGACUACUGUAAAUACCAGAUUACAUUAAAUAACUUUACUCGGAAGUAACAAUGUGCUUUAUAUCUAUUCUACGAUAUACUGCAUCACAAAAAAAUCCUAAAUCCUUAUUAAUGCAAUACCUUUAAUUUGGCCAAAUAAAAGGGCACAAAAUAGUUCGCAAGUCCAAAUAAAGGUUUUAGAUCCCCACCCCUUAAAAGCUAACACAGCUGCCUUGGCUGUUUGUGUAACUUAGGAUAUAUAGAGCUUUUAAAAUACGAUGUGUAUGCUAAUGAAUCACCCUGUGACCUAUGUAUGUGAUUUUAAGUUGCUUCCAGGAGCCAUAGAAAGCUUCUUUCAGUCUCCAUGGAAAUAACAUGACAUGCCUAAUUGCACAGUAUAUCCAUUUAUGGCUAUUUGAUGCCCUUCUCUUUCUCCACCAGCAGAAAAGUAUUAUCUGCGAUUUAGUCAUUGAUUUUCUCACAACAUGUUUAAUCUGGUUAUUAAUUCUACAUGCAAAAGGUUCAUUGGAAAUUCCCUAAUAGACCCCUUUUUUCAUGUCGUAGCAAAAGACACUAUCAAUCACCCAGAGGUCCUGGAUCCCCGUGGUGUGAGAAUCCUUGAAGUAGAACUUGGUAAACUGACUACGUUCGUAAUUUGUUUUGUAAUGUUGGCAAUAAUCCAGUGCUAUUAUCAGUGCUAUUUUUCUAGAAAAAGAGGUGCUGGAACCCACAAUGAACACCUCUCUUGUUGUCUUAGAAUGUCAAUGGCGCCCACCUGAGAGGUGCCGGAACUGAGUUUUGGUGAGUUCUGGAUGAAAACAAACUCCUGAUGGUUAUUAUAUCAAAUAUUAUUAUAUAUGACCAUUAUUGAGCUCAUAUCCUGCUUAUGGGCUCCUCCUAAGCAUCUGGUUAGCUCAGGCCUGGCAUAGCAAUUGGACAAAGUGAGGCAUCCAUCCCUCCAGCACAUUGAAGGUGAAAUCCAUGAUGCCAUUUUCCCAUUUUUCCUCAUGCGAGGAUGGCGGCCAUUUUGGGUGCCGUGAUUGUGUGCAGUUUCAUGCCAUGUUCCCCCCUGAAAAAGCACCUUUUCCCGGGCACAAUACCCUAAAACACACUUUUUUGGGGGGGGGCGGAUUGUGGCAUGGAACCACGUGAGAUCACAGCGCCCAAAAUGGUCACCGUCCUCUCGUGAGGAAAAACAGAAUGCCCCAGUUUUUCUGGGACACUUGCUGGGUAUGGCAGUUGCCUCAAAAAGCUGGUGCUUUGUGUGGGUGGGUAAGGAGUGAGGUAAAGCCUCUGGGCUCCAUUUCCAAAAGGUGGAAAAUGAUGAAGUUGAAGCAGCUCUCCUGGUGAGGCAGAGCUGCAAUGCUAGCUUCUCAGCAGACAUGUUGUUCCUACUUACUGGGGGGAGGGAUGCAGGAACAGGCGCAUUGGCACACCAGUGGGAGCACCAGAUUGUCUCCAUGGCAAUGUUUCUCCAGCCUCUCCCCUCUCCCUCCCGAUAAGUGGCAGUGACACACCUUCCAGUGAGUUAGGGGACUUCUCCUGCAUGCAAAGUCAGGCUCUGGAUGAAACCAACAGUGGGCCCAAUGGUCAAAAAGGCGGUUUCUGCAUGCACUAUAGAGGGGCAAAUGGGGCUUGUCAAACUGGGAAGGCAGCCCAUCUAGAAGAAGGAAAACUCUGAUCUGAUCCUAAACCCCCGCUGCCUUGCAGAAUAUCUUCGGGAGGAGAAAAGGCUAAGGUAUAAACCCUACACAAAUCCAGAGUGGAGUCCCUAAGAUGGUUGGAUGGUGUCUUGUACACCUCCUUCCAGCAACUCCUGCAGCCAAGCUGGUGCCAAACAUAUCGCUCUGCUUUCCUUUGGACCACAUCAGCAAGGCGGGGGGGGGGGGAUCUUGUUGUUUGAGCAGCCCAGGACCGCCAUAAACACUGUUUAGGCUUGUGCCCAGGGAAGGUCAUUUUUGUGCUGCCAGCGCAGUGGUUUGACUUCACCCCAGAGGCAUACUCCAUUGUCUCGCUGGACAGACGACUUACAACAGCCAACAAUAUCGCCCUUCAUCCGUAGAUCUCAGGGCGGUUCACAACAUGAAAAUACAAGAGAAAACACAAAAUACACAAUUGACAAUGACAACACAAACCAAUAGCCCACAUCCCCACGCUUCCACUUCAGAUCUAAAAAAUGUGCAUACAUACUGAUUUUUACGUGUGGUUUUUCCUCAGGGCAACCGCUUGAGCUCAAAUGCCGAGCACAGUUUGGUUUUGAACUAAAUGCUUCCUCUUUGAUGCAGUGGUACAGAGAAACCGGCGAAAGGAAGCAACUGCUAAAGCAAAAAUGGUAUGAACAGUCUCCAACUUGAAAACAUGUAUUUGUAGAAUGUAAGCAGCUAGCAAAAGAACAGGAGAGCCAAAACUGUUAUGUACUGAAGUUCUCACCCUGGGCCAGCAGGGGGAUACUGUAGAUAGUUAUACAAAUAAGGGAUCGAAAGUGACGUUCAGUGAUUGGAUAGUUUUAGAAAAUUGUUACAGUUACGUUGUACUGGAGCUCUAUAUAAGCAGGCUGACUGAACCCUUCAGUUCAGUUCUGUUCUGGCCUGUGAAUAAACAAGAGCUGUUUGAAGAAUCACUGUGUCGUCUGAUAUGUUCACCCACAACUUAACAAAAACAGUAUUCUUGUUUAGUUUCAUACUACAGUUCCCUUCAGCCUAUGCCAGCAUGGCCAACAAUAGAGAAUGAUAGGUUGGGGAAAUCUGUUGUAGCACAUGAUCAAAAUACUAAUGUAACUGGAAGAGGAUUAGUGAAGGCUUUUCCAUGUUUUCCUCUCCUGCCGUACACAGAUGGGAUUUCUCUCUUUCCAUGUGACUCCAACCUUGGUCUUGGUAGCAGUUCCAUAACUGUGAAUCUUUAAGUCCUCUUUUUGGGAAAAGGAUACAGGGAAGAGGAUACAGUAAACUGAAUGGGAAGCAUAACGCAGUCCAACCUUUGCUGGAGAUCAGCAGUAAUGUUUAAGGCAGCAGAAUGUUUAAGGAUAUGAAUUCCCUGGGAAGAGGGGUUGUUGUUAAAGCACUCUAGGAAUGGUAGCUGUGUGAGAGGAUUGUCUUCUAACAAUUCCCAGUGCCCUUAACAAACUACAGUUCUACAGUUCCCAGGAUUCUUUGGGGGUAAGCCAUCAUAGAAUUGUAGAAUUGGAAGGGACCCGAAGGGUCAUCCAGCCCAACCCUCUGCAAUGCAGGAAUCUCAGCUAACGCACUUGUUACGUACUAAGCUUAGAUCUUAGAACAAUAGGCAAGUAGGAUCCUAGAAUGCAACAACUGAUUGGCUUGCAGGAGAAGACCAAUCAGGCUCCAGGAGGGAAGCAGAAUCAGCCAAUCAGACAGGACUCAUUGUGUAAAUAAUGUAUAUAAAAGCCUGAUGUUGCGGGGGGGGGGCAAUUAAAUCACUGUUUUACAAGCUGCAAUACAGAGCAUGAAAUCACUACAGGACUCAGUAUGUUUCAGCAUCCAUGACAGAUGGCCACCUAACCUCUGCUUAAAAACCUCCAAGGAAUGAAAGCCCACAACUUCCUGAGGGAGACCGUUCCACUCCUUGAAGGGGAACAUCAGCUAUCCUUCUCUGGGUGUCCUCACCAAAUGAGGUCCAUAGAGUGGCUACUGAAGAGGUGGCCUUUUCAGUGUUGGCAUCCUGCUUAUGGAACACCCUCCCCAGAGAGGCUUUCCUGGAGCCAAUGUUAUGGUUCUUUUUCAUAUCAAAUGAAGACCUUUUUUAAAAAAAAUUCUGAAGAAUUUUCAAUGUUUCAAAGUUCUUUUUAGAUUUGCUGUCCUGGCCUAUUUCCCAUUGCUAGUUUUAGAUUUUAUUUUUUAUCUUGCAUUUUUGUAUUUGGUGGCACUAUUGUUGCUGUGAUUAUCUUAUUGUUGGGUGGAUAAAUGGAAGCAACAAAUGAAUAUUUUCUAAAGAGUGUGUCCACGGGCUGUGGCUCCUACAUGGGUUCAUCAGCCAGACUCCAGGGGAGACGUCGUAAUCCUGUGUUUACAUGAGGUUGGUAAAUAUGCAACUGCCCUGAUUUUUGCAAUUUGGGUCAUCAUCGCCUUUAUAGAAACCAGAGCCAUCACCUGCACAAAUAUGGGGUUGGUGGCACCAGGGACUACUGUAACUGUGUGAGAAUGAAUGCUACAAGUGGCUGAUGAAAGCAUUAUUCUAUUUAGGGUCAAUCCAAAGGAACUAGAAGGCAGCUGCUUUGAUCUUGCUUUCAACCUGACCAAUUUAACCGAAGAGGAUUUAAGCAGCCAGUUCAUCUGCCUGGCUCAAAACUCCAUUGGGAACACCACAGGGGUGUUCAGAUUUAAGAAGAGAACAGAAAGAGGUAAACUGGCAAACCACCUAGCAUGCGGUGUUCUUUUAUUUUUAUUUAUUUUACAAGUUAUGUUGGGGAUAACAUCCCUGGUCUGCUCCUUGAUUAAAAUUGCCUUUCCAUUUUCCGAUCGUCAGAGAGGUUCUUUAAAUUGUGACAGCAAGGAGGGGGAACAAGAGUAGAAACUCUGAGAUUCUAAACCUGAAAACGAUGGUAUCAUUUUAAUUUUUUUUUACCUGGGAAAGACAUUUGGUAGCUCAGUCUUCACAUGCCCUACUCCAGCAUCUCCUUAUCUUCUUACAAACAAAAUUUAAGAAGAGAACAAACCAAACCCCAUCAAAAAUAAACAAAUGCUUCUCUUAUUUUUGUUUCCUUUUAGCUCUUCACUUCUUGCUCACUUUGUGCUGUUCCAUGACAACUGUAUUUCUAAUCUUUUUGGGAAGCAUGGUGGUUUACCGGCACCGGAUUGAAAUAGUGCUGUUAUAUCGGCAUUGUGUGGCCAAAGGUGAAACUGUCAGCGGUAAGAGUUUGUGUUCUACUUUUCUUACCUUGGCGAACGGUCUGUUCUCUGUUUAUUUAUGACACAUGUAUCCCGUGUUUGCUCCAGGAAAUGCACAGUGGCGUACGAGGUUUCCUUAUUUCCUCACAGCAACCCUGUGAGGUAGGUAAGAUGGAGAAGUUAGUGACCGGGACAAGAUCGCCAGUAGCAGUUUGUGGUGUGCUGCUCACCUGGCUUCCCAGAGCCAAGAGGUAGAGGGUUGAGGCAGCAGGGAGAUGGAAGUGAUAUGGGAAUACAGUGGUACCUCGGGUUACAGAUGCUUCAGUUUACAGACUCCGCUAACCCAGAAAUAGUACCUCGGGUUAAGAACUUUGCUUCAGGAUGAGAACAGAAAUCGUGCUCUGGCGGCGCGGCCCCAUUAGCUAAAGUGGUGCUUCAGGUUAAGAACAGUUUCAGGUUGAGAAGACAGACCUCCAGAACGAAUUAAGUACUUAACCCGAGGUACCACUGUAGUGACAGGACUGCUGGAUGAGCUCUGCUGCUGUCUGCACUGCUCUGAGCUCCCUGCUUCCUCACUUCUCUCACUCUAAGCAACCAACAGUGGUACUCGGCUUUGGGAAACAAGGUGCACACUGGUGGCUCUGUGGUCUAAACCUCUUGGGCUUGCUGAUCAGAAGGUCGGCAGUUCGAAUCCCUGCAAUGGUGGUGAGCUCCCGUUGCUCUGUCCCAGCUCCUGCCAACCUAGCAGUUCGAAAGCAUGCCAGUGAGUGCAAGUAGAUAAAUAGGUACUGCUGGGGCAGGAAGGUAAACAGCUUUUUCAUGCGCUCUGGUUUCCGUCACGGUGUUGCGUUGUGCCAGAAGCGGUUUAGUCCUGCUGGUCACAUGACCCGGAAAGCUGUCUGUGGAACAACGCCUGCUCCCUCGGCCUGAAAGCGAGAUGAGCGCCGCAACCCCAUAGUCGCCUUUGACUGGACUUAACCGUCCAGGGGUCCUUUACCUUUUUACCUUUAACGUAAAACCUCAUAUGUUGUGAGUUUUAAAAAUAAAUUAAUUAAUGCAGAUUUGGGGAGGGAUGAGGCAUUAAAAGCAUUGGGUAAAAGGUGAACUCAGCUGGAUAAAGCCAAAACUUUGUGGACAGCAGGAUCUAGAAUCAAUAGACUGAAAGCAGAAUGUUGGGGGUGAACAAUUAUGGAUUGAGAAAAGCUACAUUUUUGUACACAGCACCCAAAGCCAGGUCACUUAUUCUGGCAGGUGAGGUAAAAAAUCCCACAAAUGCCUUUCCCUCUCUCCCCCCAUGUCAGUAAAAAUAACAAUAAAUUAAAUACUAUUAAUUUUCUGCUCUUCUAUGAUGCCCUAAAUCAACUGCCUGAGGUGAUGACCUCACUCUGCCUAAUUGUAAAGACCCUGAGAGGUCAUGCAAAAUUACUAGGUAAGUUUGAUUAGCUGUGCACUAGGUUUGAGAGGAUGUGUACAGCAGAGUGUUGAGUGGGCGGGACACAAUUAGUGGGAUUUUACCAUGGAUUCAUUUUUUGGCUUCUGAUUUUGUGCUUAUUUUCUUAGAAAUCACUCAGCAUUUAUUUAUGACAUUUCCUGAAUAUAUAAUUAUAAACGACAUUAUAUGCACAGUUGAAGAUCUGGGCAAUUAUAAAUUAUGAAGUGCAUGCUUUGGGGGGAUUUGAAAAAUACUACAUGUUAAGGUCACUCAAUUGGGGACUCUUGAUAAUAAUACCUUUGCUGUCACCUCAUGACUCAUCAUUUGGAAGUGGCAGGGAGGAAAGAAGGGGAAAGUCCUCGGAAAAAGUUGUGUUUCAGUAUGAAUCUGGCAGCAUGACCUCUCAAGGAAUACUGCUCAAGGCAGACUCCUAAUUUUGUAUGGUGUGGGUGGAGACAUACCAGAAUGAUGAGCAAGAUCUUGUUAGUAUAGAAAGGCCUGUUUAGCCUAGCAUAAAGAAAGCUGAGUGAAGAGACAAUUAAGCUCCAGGACAAGGCAGGUGAAAAAAAUAAAAUAAACCUCUUGAAAUAAAAUGAGGUCAAGAAGCUAGAAGAUUUGUAAAACAAAAAACCCUGAAAUUCUGAAGAAGAAAGAACAGCUGGGAAUCUGUUUUAUUUUGAAUACAGUUGUACCUUGGUUUUCAAACGCCUUGGGAAUCUAAAGUUUUGGCUCCCGAACGAUCAAAAGCCGGAAGUGAGUGUUCCGGUUUUGGAACCCGAAUGUCUGACAUGGCUUCCGCGGCUUCUGAUUGGCUGCAAGACCUUCCUGCAGCCAAUCACAGGCUGCACCUUGGUAUCUGAACAUUUUGGAAGUCAAACGGACUUCCGGAAGGGAUUCCGUUCGACUUUCAAGGUACCACUGUAUUUUGCUCUGCCUUCAUGGUUAUGUUUAGUCCGGAGAAGCUAGGAUUAAGAGGAGAUAUAGCCAUCUUCAGAUACUGUGUGUGGAGAAGGCUGUCCUGCAGAAGAUGGAACAAAUUUGUUGUCAUUGCUCCAAAGGUGGGACCAGAACGAAGGGGUGGGUGCUGAAAAGAAGCCGAUUGUGGUUAAAUGUUAGGAGAAACUUCCAGUUGCACUGGAAAGUGAUGAGCUGUCCUUUGCUGUAGGUAUUUAAGCAGAAGCUGGGUGGUCAGGAACGCUGUAGUUUCAUCCCAUCCUGCAUUGUAGAUACCGCACAGGGAAUAUGGAUAGAAGGAUCUGUCAGUUUAAGUUCUCUCAGUUUCUCACUUUCCCAAUCUUAAAUCCAGUUCCCCACAUCUUGACAUCAAUUCGUCGAUUUUUUUUUUCCAAUCCUCAUGGAAAUUAUUUAGCAUUUUGGUUGCAAUUUCUCCUAAUAAACACAUUUUUGCAUGCAGUUUUGACUUAUGUAUGCUUUGCUGCUAGCAAUUUCUCCUAACCUAUACUAUUUUCACUGAUGUAUUAAUUUUAAUGCAUACUUUCUCAUAAUAUAUGUAUUUUCUGGUUGGAGAACUGCAUCGCUAAAUUCAAAUAAGUGUGAAUUUCAGAGGGAGGCUGUGUUUCAGUCCUCAUGUUGUUUUGGGUAAGUGCGAACUUGAUAAGUUCAUCUAUCUGAACUGAAUUGAUUUUUCACACCAAUUCCUAAUCGGAGGUUGGACCAUAUGACUACCUCACUCACUUACAGUACUUCUCCAAAAUUCUUGCACAGGCAGCUUGUAUUUAUGAAAGAUAUUGAAGAUACUUUAAAGUAUCUAAAACACUCUCUGGAAGACUAGAAAGGUCACUUGCUAAUGGCCCAGAUUAUGUACAAAAGGGGUGGGUUCAAAGGGGUUUCAGGAAACAAAAUGUUCCACUUAAGGUUGCAAGGCACAUUAUUAAAAUAGAAAUCGUUUCCGUUUUGGGCACAGCAUAGAUUCCAUAUAAUAGGUCAUGACCUAUGAAGAUACUACAUGUGUGGUAUGUACAUGUUCUGAAAUAUUGUGGUUGACCACAGUUUCCCAGAAUGUGUGCACCAUAUGUACACACACACACAUGUCUGCACAGGGGGUUCACUCAGUUGUCUACAAGGAAGUGACUUUCAUGUGAGAAAUUUGUGAACAGGUGAAACUUACCUCAGUUUCUUGAACCCCAGCAAAGGUACCUUCAUAGUGUAAGAAACUGACAGUUAAUACUCUCUUGUCUUGUAGUGGCCUCUGCUGGUCAAAUUAAGAACCAACUAUUGUUUGGUGUUUUUAAGGAUUCAUUUCUGAAAGAUGAAGAUGCCGUACCCCUGAUUUUACUGGGACAUCCCAGAAUCACAGAAGCUAUCCUGGCUUCUCAUUGGAUCCCGAAAUGUCCCGCCUUUUGGCCCUGCAUUCUUGUGCGAGCCAAAAGAUGCACUUUGCCCAGGGGUCUUUCACAAGCCAGGUGAGGGGUGAGCGCAUAAUUUUGAGAACACCAGUGGCAAUGUUUGUACUUUUGUGUGGCAGACGGACAGCCGUGUCUCAUUGCAUACAUAUGAAGAGAGGAGUGGGUGAUUUUUUUUUAACCCUCGGUGUGACUCUUCACACUAUGCCUAGCAGGGGUAGCGGGUGCUUUACUCUGUUCUUUAUCCUGUUUAAUAACAUCAGCUUCACUGUUACACUUUGGAGUCCUGUACUGCUAAUGAAAAAUGUCUAGACAUAUCAAGAAAAUUGAUUCAGUUAAACGUGUUGUAAACUUCAUACAGGGAAAUCCCGUUGGCUAAAGAUGGCACUCCACAAUGCCAUCUGGCGUCAAGGUGUUAUAACGCAAAUAAAGCACUUUGUCUUGACGAAUGUAGCGGAGUCCCUGCUCUGUUCAAUAUGGAAUAACUAGCUGUUUGGGCAAGGCAUAUUUGCAUCUAGGGUACAGUUCACCCAGAAUACCAGAGAUGGUGGUUUGACCCAGAGAGGUUAUGGCUGAAAGUGAGAUUUGAAAGUGAGAUGUGUCUGCUUACUGCUAAGAAACGAGGGGGGAUUUUAAUUUGCCUUUCACUUUUUCAUAUUUUCCAUUGUGCUUUCAGUAGUACUUUUUACCAUCUCUACAGCUGGUCUCCUUUAAGAGGAAAAAUAAGGGAGAUUCAGCAGACGCCUCUUCCAUAGCCAUGCCCCACUAUUUCAGAAAAAUGUUGUUGCCUCCCGUCUUUUCUCACCUCUCAUCUUCCUUUAAAGGAUGUUUUCUUCUUCACUGCUUCAUUUAACUUUGUCCUUUAAAAUUUUUUAGAUGGCAAGGAAUUCGAUGCAUUUGUGUCCUGUGCAAAACCAGAUCUCCCUGAAGCAGAUCAGGCGCUACUCGAUGAGGAAACGUUUGCCUUGGAGAUUCUCCCUCAAGUUUUAGAAAACAAAUAUGAAUAUAAGCUAUGUCUCACUGAACGGGACAUCCUUCCAGGAGGAGGUAACAUCUCACAUAAUUGCAUAAUAAUAAAACCAACUCUUCAAACACAUAUAUUUGUUUUAGGAAACUUUAUCUGCCCCUAAUGUCCAUGUGUAGGGACGCGGGUGGCGCUGUGGGUAAAACCUCAGCGCCUAGGACUUGCCGAUCGUCAGGUCGGCGGUUCGAAUCCCUGCGGUGGGGUGCGCUCCCGUUGCUCGGUCCCAGCGCCUGCCAACCUAGCAGUUCGAAAGCACCCCCGGGUGCAAGUAGAUAAAUAGGUACCGCUUACUAGCGGGAAGGUAAACGGCGUUUCUGUGUGCUGCGCUGACUCGCCAGAUGCAGCUUGUCACGCUGGCCACGUGACCCGGAAGUGUCUGCGGACAGCGCUGGCCCCCGGCCUCUUAAGUGAGAUGGGCGCACAACCCUAGAGUCGGACACGGCUGGCCUGUACGGGCAGGGGUACCUUUACCUUUACUAAUGUCCAUGUGUAGAUUUGCAUAAACAGCAAAAUUGGCAUGCCUUCACCUCUCGCUUUCUGUUCUGCUCACUUCGCUACGUCAUAGUUGUGGCGACCUGCAGCGCCCCCUAGGCUUGGCGCCCAGUGCGGCAGAACCAUUUGCACUGCCCUAAAAUCUACCAGUGCUCCUGUACUGCUUGGGGGAGGGUGAUUUUCAAUGAGAAAAUAGGACAAGGAAGCAGCCACCGAAUUUGUGCCUUAGGUUACAAUCCUCUACUUUUAUUUACCUGGAAGUGAGCUUCAUUAAACUCAGUGAGAUUUACAUUUUUUAAUUUUUUUGUAAUUAGCUUUGAGGUUUUUUUAAAAACACACACACAACAACAAUAAGGAGCUAUAUAAUUUUUACAAAAUAAGAUAACUAAUACUUCUAACUCACAGACAUGCUGAUUCUUAGUUCAUAUGGGAUGGAGCAAAGGGUUUGCAAGCACAAUUCCUCCCUCUUCCUAAAACGCUGUGAAACAUUUUAUUUCAUGCUUUAAGAAAACAGAACAAGACUUGGGUUUGGGAGAUGAAUUGCAGGUUUUCAGCUUGGAAGGGGUGUUCCUUUAUCUCUUUCUCAAGGCUCAAAGACUACAGCUGGUUCAUGGUGGGUUUGGAACAGAAACCCUUACUCUGCCCCUUACACAGCCCUUAGAAACAGCUUUUGUGAUGGAUUGGAGUGUGGUAUUGUGUGGCUAGAAUGUCAGUUGGAAGUAGGACUGGAAUGAGGAACAGGACUUUUUAACAUUCCCUUGUCCAUCAGGUUUAAAGCACAUUCAAGCCAGGAGCCAUAUAAGCACAUUCCAGUUUCUGUUGUUCUUUACCACAUAUGUUUUUCAUCAUCCUUGCAUUCACCACUCUGUGCCAGGGUAUAAGAAUAUCUGCAGGGAGGCAGCAUGUUUUGUAUGAUAAGUUGGUAAUAAUAUAUUGUUAUGUACUGAAGUUCUCACCCUGGGCCAGCAGGGGGAUACUGUAGAUAGUUUUCACUCAGGUCCACAUAUGCAAAUAAGGGAUUGAAAGUGAUGUUCAGUGAUUGGAUAGUUACAGAAAAUGGUUACUGUUGCAUUCUAGUGGAGCUCUAUAUAAGCAGGCUGGCUGAACCCUUCAGUCAGUUCUGUUCUGUGAAUAAACAAGAGCUGUUUGAAGAAUCGCUGUGUCGUCUGAUAUGUUCACCCACAACUUAACAUAUAUAUUUUUUCUUUUCCCAGCAUACACUGAUGACAUUGUAAACGCUGUCAAGAAGAGCAGACGGGUGAUUGUGGUGUUAAGUCCAAGUUAUGUCAAUGGCCCGGCCCUCUUUGAGCUCGAAACAGCCGUCAACACUGUCCUGGAAGACAAGGCAAUAAAACUCAUCCUAAUUCAGUUCAAGUCUUUCCAGGAGCCACAGUCAUUACCUCACAACGUGAAGAUAGCUCUCAGGGUUUUGCCCAGGGUUACCUGGAAAACAUCUGCCUCUCCCACUGUGAAUAAGCAAUUCUGGAGAAAACUGCUGCGUCACAUGCCAGCGAAACAUCACAACCGAAUUGAAGACAAGUGGUGUUGGUUUCCCCACCUUCGGUUAUUGGGCACGGAUAAGAAAAACGCCACUACAGGGAGGACAAACUGGACCAAAAAAUGGAGGAAGAUUUGGGAAAGAACUUCCCUAAACUGAAGACUUGUCAGGAGAGGGGCUGUAGCUCAAUUUAUAGAACAUGUAUCAGAUACAGAACCUUCCCUAGCCGUAAAAGGAUGUUGGGCUGUGGAGAUGAGAAAAACGACCUGGAACCACAGAGAGCCAUUGGCGGUUUAAACAGACUUCAUGGCCCAAUGGUCAAACAUCAUAUGUUAAAGUGCGGUUAUCUUUCACUCAUAGUAAAAUGGAAAUAUCCUUAUAGAAGUCAGUAUUUUGUAAUAGUAAAAGGUGCUGAAUGCAGUUGAGCUGUGCCAUGCUUUUAACAACAUGACUAUUUAUUGAUAAUUAUUACAUGCAUCAGGGGGUAAUGCCCACCUGCUGGAAUAAACUUUGGACAAACAAGUGUUUUUGUACCAUCUCUGAUAACUAGAACGAGAUUGUGGUUCCCAACUUACAGGCUGUGUUCAACUUACUCCCUAAUAAGUGUAUUCAUUGGUAAGUCUUAAUGGCAGAAAUGUGACUUCAGCAGUUUCAAGAUAGCAGUUUGUAUAAUCUAACAUUCCAGUUAUAUGCAUGCUUAGUCAGAGCCUAAUAUGAUCUGUGUAACCCGUUAUUAUAUGGGACGUGGGUGGCACUGUGGUCUAAACCACAGAGCCUAGGACUUGCCAAUCAGAAGGUCGGCGGUUCAAAUCCCCGCAACAGGGUGAGCUCCCGUUGUUCAUUCCCUGCUUCGAAAGCACAUCAAAGUGCAAGUAGAUAAAUAGGCAC